UUUGCUCCGGUGCGGUUGUGUUUUCGAGUUACUCCGAUUCUCGGUAUAUACAUAGUAGUGAGAGAGAAAAUUCGAGCAUCUUUCAGCACUAGUGUGCCAUAUAAGCUGCCGACAGCAGAAGGCUUGGCAGAUUGGCUUCUGCUGCUGUUACUGUGAAUGAACGUAGAUAAUGUUGGCUCGAUUCCUGGCUGCGGCUGACGAGUGAGAUUACGUACCAGCAGUUUGUAGAGUGAGCUUAAAACGGUGUCUUGUUUUGAUUGACCCGAUAUUGCCACAAACAGAAAUCAAUCAUCACUUCCGGUGUGAAAAUUCGCUCAGCUUCCAAUCUUAUUGGUGGAAAUAGGAUUUCGCGGAAAGCGAGAUUGAUACGGUGGGUGGUAGUGCAAACAGGACUUCGGUUAGUCCUACUCGGCUGGUGGGUGGUGUCUCUGCCUGGCGUGUGGGAGUUUGUUUGGAAACCAAUUUUGAAGACCAAUUUUCUUCAACGUCCGCUGGAUCGAUAAUGUUUAGAGUCUCCCAAAGGUACAAUCUGAACCACACGAGCUACAUCGAAGCAUAAUCGGCUUUCAGCCGGACAGUGCAUCCCGCAUCGGCAUCAGUGGGACCGGCCUGAUUGACUAACUGCAUCGCCCAGGGCAGUAAGUGCCACACCCUCUCGCGGCUGGCCCCUGUCUCUGUCUCGAGGCGGUGGCCUGCAGUGGAGGUCACAGCAAUCAUUAACGGCGACGCUGCUGACGACGUGUCUGCUUGUACCACCGUCGCUACCGUCAUCGUUGCCGGACUGGAGCGGGGGCAGCUAUGUACGGAUUGUUGUUGGAAAAUCUGUCCGAGUAUGUGAAAAGCGUCUACGGUGAGGACAAGUGGGAAGACAUCCGCCGACAGACCGGAAUCGCGUCGCCGUCAUUCAGCGUGCACGAUGACUACGACGAGGACCUGCUCAACCAGCUGGCGACGAAGGCGCAAGAAAUACUGGGGGUAUCCGAACGUGACUUCAUGGAUCAGAUGGGCGUCUACUUCGUGAACUUUGUCAGCCAGUACGGCUACGACCGGGUGCUGUCGGUGCUGGGCCGUCACAUGCGUGACUUCCUGAAUGGUUUGGAUAAUUUGCACGAGUAUCUCAAGUUCUCCUACCCGCUGAUGCGUGCGCCCAGCUUCAUCUGCGAGAACGAGACGCGUCACGGCCUAACGCUGCACUAUCGCACCAGACGCAAGGGGUUCGUCUACUACACAAUGGGCCAAAUUAGAGAGGUGGCACGGCAUUUCUAUCACAAGGAAAUGAAAAUUUCCUUGAUUAAGUCGGAUUUACUAGGGGAAACCAACCACUACACCUUUCAGCUCACGUUCGACAAUCGAGCCUUUUCGCUGGCAACGCUGGCCAUGACGCGAGAGGAGAAACAUUUGCCCAUCAGUGCUUCGGUGCUGUUUGAGAUUUUUCCGUUCUGCAUUGUUUUUGGGGCUGACAUGGUGGUACGCAGUAUUGGCAAUUCCUUAAUGGUGAUACUUCCCGAUCUACUGUCGAAAAAGAUUACCGACUGGUUUGAGCUGAGACGACCGCUGAUUGCAUUUAAGUUCCAAACCAUUCUGAACCGCACAAACAAUAUUUUCGAGCUAGUCACGAUGGAUGCGGUUAAGAAGCGGCCGGAAAACCAACGAAAGACUGAACUGUUCCUCAGUGAGCAGGAACAUGAAGAGGAAACCGUGAAGCAUCUACGGUUAAAAGGUCAGAUGAUCUACAUGGAAAACUGGCGCAUGAUUAUGUUCCUCGGAACGCCCGUGAUGCCGAAGUUGUCCUCAUUGAUCACGACCGGUUUGUAUAUAAACGACCUGUCGAUGCAUGACUUUAGCAGAGAUCUCAUGCUGGCUGGUACCCAGCAAUCUGUAGAACUUAAGCUCGCCCUGGAUCAGGAGCAACAGAAAUCGAAAAAGUUGGAAGAAUCGAUGCGUAAGCUGGACGAGGAGAUGCGCCGCACGGACGAGCUGCUGUAUCAGAUGAUACCGAAGCAGGUGGCGGACCGGCUGCGGCGCGGGGAGAACCCCAUCGACACCUGCGAGAUGUUCAACAGUGUGUCGAUACUGUUUUCGGAUGUGGUCACCUUCACGGAGAUUUGCAGCCGGAUUACGCCGAUGGAAGUGGUUUCGAUGCUGAAUGCUAUGUAUUCGAUAUUCGAUACGCUGACGGAGAGAAAUAAUGUAUAUAAGGUGGAAACGAUAGGCGAUGCCUACAUGGUAGUUUCAGGAGCCCCUGAAAAAGAGCAGAACCAUGCGGAAAAAGUAUGUGAUAUGGCCUUGGACAUGAUUGAGGCGAUUACGGAUCUUAAAGAUCCCUCAACUGGAACCCACUUGCGAAUACGGGUGGGUGUUCACUCUGGUGCUGUAGUAGCGGGUAUUGUCGGCCUGAAGAUGCCCCGUUACUGUUUAUUCGGUGAUUCUGUUAAUACGGCCUCCCGGAUGGAAUCUACUAGUCAAGCUAUGAAAAUACACAUAUCACAAUCAACGAAAAACUUUCUACCCGUCAACUAUCAGGUGUCCGAACGAGGCGAAAUUGACGUCAAGGGUAAAGGUACGAUGAAAACAUACUGGUUGGACUACAAGGAGAAUCGGCCGCCGCUGCAGAUGUUGGCCGAUGAAGUGAAGAGGCCCUCGAUCGAAUACAUCGAAUCAAAGGACCGACGAGUCAGUAUAUCCGGGUUUAACAUUCAGCAGAAACAAUCCAGCGGUGGUCUCUGCUCCGCUGGAGCGGAUGAUCGGCGUGUCUACUCGCCUGUCACGUUCGAGGAUGUCGCACGACGAAGCACUGCAAACUCUCCUGUUAAGCUGCAUAGUUUCGGUCCACGAAGGGAGAGUCGCUCAAAUUCUACUGGUCAUCCAUUUUUGAACAAUGUUUCGGACGUGUUUGGUUCAUUAAUUAGUGACACGGAAGAUUUUCUGGAAGAUCUUCAUCAUCGGAACUCGCUCAGCAACACACAGUACACGUCGUCGACUCCAUCCUCCUGUGCAUUCAGCCCACCGCCUGCAUUCAGAUCGAAAGCGAAGCCCUAUAUACCCAGUCAUUUCAACAAAGAGGAGCUGGAUCUCCUAUCAAACACUACAACGUCGGCACAUAGUUCAAUCGAUCAGGGUUACGCACAGGAAACAUCUAAGAAAACCGCCCUGGCAAUCAAAUCUCAAGUUCCGGCCACGAACACAUACGAACAACAGAAGGCAAUAAGCAGAAAGGCUAAGAUGGACAGCGUGCAGCAGAAACAAAAUGAGGCCCUGCAGAAGCUCGACAAGAUGGUCGAGGAGAUCUACGAGACGGAUCUGCCAGCAAUGUGCUUCAUGAGCCCUCCCAUCUCCCGAUCGGAUGGCAACAUUUGCAAAUCUAACUGUAGUAGAUCUCAAGCACCAGCACCGACACCUCCGGUUGGGCCACCAGCCUGCGAGCAUACGCAGCACUGUCACAGCUGUGGCAGCUCGGCUCCGGCAGGCGGUCCCGGUAGUGGUAAAGUGACCCAGAGUUUUAGUUUCACCCACGCAAAAGAGCACAAAUGCUGUUCCGGGUAUGCUGCAGCUAUGGCGGCUCACCACCAAAACGGACGACACCAUAAAGUGCACUCAAAUGCUUGUCAAAUUCUGUAGAGCUGGAGGGGUAGAUGUUUUAAUUUAUUUAGAAUGUAAGUGUGUGCUAGUCAGCGGCGCAUUACCUCCCGAAGCGAAGAAAUGACCAGGGAUCUGAAGUAGAGAAGAACAUGUGCGUAAUGUUUUUGUUUGUAUGUUAGCUCUAACUAGGACAUGAUCUAUGUACAGUAGGUUAUUUAUUCUCAGUUUUUCCUGUAGUGCGUAGUAUUAGUAGGUGAUGGCUAAAACAAUGUCAUUUCAUAACUAAAGACUGUUUAGGUACUUUUUUGACGAAUCACGAAUGUAAUCUUGGCGUAAUGAAACAGAUACAGAAAAGUAUUCAAGAGCUUCAAAAGUCUCUGACGUUCCGAUUCUGUAAGUGACCAGCGAUUCAACCAGCGACAAACUUCUAUCAUUCUCUAAGGGAACCUGUAAGUUCUUCAUUAAUUUCUCAAUAUAUAGUAAUUACACAGAGAACAGAAUUCCUUAUUCGAACGAAUAAGUGUAAAAUACUUGUGUAAAUAUUUGACUGAAUGUCGGUCAAAACUCUAGCGCCGCCACACCAGUAUAUCUCAAUUAGAGGUAUAGCUAUGUCAGCCAUUUUGUAAUACUUAUUUCAAUCAGCUGUCAACUCAAUCAAGCUUGAUAGCUCAAAUGGUGGCAGUAUCCCACUUACCUUAUAAUAGGUUGUUAGUUUUUUCAGAACCUAUACUUUCGAGAAGGACGGUUCUACUCUCUGGUUAUUUAAUUUGGGUUUUAAUCCUUCCCGUAUGAAAAAUGGAUAUGCACCUAUUCAGAACAGCACCACGUCGAGAUCGUGAAAAUGUGUAAAAAUAGCGUAAAAGCAAAACCAAACCAGUGUAUUUAAAAUGAUUUUAACCUAUCAAUAUCAAAUUGCUCGGAUUGCCAGGUCGAAUUGUUCUGUAAGAUUGCCUGGGUCUUUUCUAAGAAAGGCACGAUUGCACCACUAGGUAGAUUAAAACAGAUUUUUUGGUACAUAUUUAAUAUAUUGACAAAUGGUCGCUUUUUGUCUAUCAAUCUCUGCAUUUUGAUAAACCAGUUUUUCAAAUUUUGUUUCUUUUUAUUCGUUUACUUGACAUGGCUUAAUGCACGGAUCCAUGGGUACUUUAGAUAUUAACAUGAUGUAAACAAUUCAAAACUAAACAAUAGAAAGAGUAUCAAUUGUUGUUCAUCAGAUCUCGUGUAGGAGAAUUGUGGGAAAAACCGACACUGUGGGUAAAACCGACUCCCCACAACUUUUCCUAGAAAUCAAAUUUUUAUUCAUUUCAUAAUGAUACAUUAUUAUUAGUACGUUUGUUUAGAGAAUUUUAAGAAAAAUUGGAUUUACGUUAGUGCGCCGAAUGUCAUAAAAAUAAACAAAACAUACGACAGCAGCGUUCAUACUCGUCUGGAUGUUAAAUUUCGUUGGUAGAUUUUAAGGUUUUAACCGAACAAAAGCUUUUCAAAUCACCACAUUUUUCAGUUCCUAUUAUUAUCGGCCUUUCCUAUGAUCAACUAAGUGCAUUGAAGACGAGUUUGAGAAAUUCAAUAUUUUUAAUUGCUUUUAUUAAAAAUGUGCGCUGUUGGGGUAAAACCGACACCCUAUGGUUAGGGUAAAACCGACACGCUGUUAAGAUGGUUGUGUAUACUUGCGAUUCAUUUCAAAAUAUUGGGGAUAUUUGUGACACUUCAAUUAGCUUAUUAGAACACUAUAGUAUUAGCAGAAAUACACAGAAAUACUUUUAUUGUGUUUAUUUCUUGUAAGUCUCUUUAAAAAUCAAAAAUUGGAAUUUUUGCUUAUCUGAUUCUAUUGAAGCUUUUGAUAUUUCUGCAAAAAGCUCAUCAAACCGAAUUUCUAGUGUUCUCUUGGUUUGUCAUAGACGAACUUUAUCACAAUGAGACAAUGAUCUUUUAUAUACCCCAAUAGAUCGUUGAUGAUCAGAGUCCGAAAAAUCAAAUCUGAAAAAGAUAGCUUUACUAAGAAGUGUAUGUGUCACUUAUAAGUGAAUGAAUCCAAUUAGCAGAACGUAGAACGCUUGCAAAUCUUCUCUUACGAAAUAAAAUGACACUGGAGGUUGCAAUGAUGUGCGCAAGGAUUAUUUGGAAAUACUCAUAUCAAUAAAUAAUCCUAUAGCAUAAAAUACUCCUAUUUAUAGUACUACGUUUUCGAACUUUCUUCCCCUCAUUACAUGAUGAAGCAAUAAAAAGCACAUAUUUGCAUCAUACAUACUCACACUUUAUUAAUCACGCAUAUAUAUCAUUUUUCAUAAAGAUAAAGAUUUUAAUAAAGUGGAGAGAAUAUAAAUUAAAGGGGGUGUCGAUCUUACCCCUAUGGGGUGUCGGUUUUACCCGCAGUGCCUGCAGAAAGUCACUUUGUUUUCCAAGUUUUACAACCAAUAAUUUUUGACGAAAUUAAUUUUUUGAUGCGCGGAAAAAAUUAAGUCUUGUUAGAAAUUUUCUGAAGAAGAAUUCUGCAUAAAAAUUAUAAUUUUAUUGAUUUUGAGGCAACUUAGAAAAAGUGUUAAGCUUAAGGUGUCGGUUUUAACCAUAAUUCCCCUACGCGACUUGCUAUUCUCAGCGAAGACCUUUUUACUUGGCGGGGAAACAUUUGUAUCCUCGCCAUCCAUGUUUUUGAGUCGCUUAUUUCUGUUUCGCUAUCGCACACAUCCGUGUCGUCACACAGCGGCAUGACGUGUGACAAGGUCCCAAAAAUCAAUUGUCUUGAAUUCCUUUGGAUAUAUUUGUUUUAUUUUUCACAAAGUUUGAAUAACUUACCUUAAAAUUUUGCGAUAAUCGAAAGUAGGAUCAAUUUUUAACGUGUCAUUGAAGAAAGUGAGUUGCCACAACUUUGUAUGCAGUGGUGCUACCGUGCGUCAUUGUAGUUGCCCUGAUUAUCCUUUCUUGCUGCUUCUCUUACGGGUCGCAAAUGUGAAGUGUUUGCUUUCUUACGCUGUAGAGUUUGAGGUACUUGGCGCAACUUUUGAAGUUGUCAUUAUUGGCUGAACAAAUUUGGCUCCCCUAUUAGACAGCUCGUCAUCAAAGUCGUUUCCUUCUAUUCCCAGUUGUUCUAUCACUCAAAUCAAAGUUAGCUUGCAUUUUCUUGCAUCAGAAUUUGACGACAGCUAUAGACGUUAGAAGUUACACGAACUCAGAGCUCUUAACCCAGCCUGGCUAUCUGUCAGAAUAACUCCUUGCCCCCUAGGGCGCUUCUUGAAAGACACUUUCUGGCACAGGUCUCAAAUACGUAUACCACACUGAUAGAAUAUAUUCGUAAAUCGCUAUGCAUUAGUUUCGUGCAGAUAAUUUUCAUAAAAUAUACGAAUUUUUCGUACAUAUAAUGAAUCGUUCGUAGUUCUAUUGAAACACAUUUAUUUUUUAUUACGAGUUUUUCGUGAAAACCACGAAACGACUUUCGUUGGCUUAUUACGAAACAGCUUCGUUCGGCAAACGAAUUGUUCGCUGCUAUAUACGAAUAUCUGUAUAAUAUUUACGAGCACCAUUCGUCGAACCGCCAACGUCAACAGAGCUUCAAUAGAGGUAGAAUAUGGAGUCAUUGUUGCUAUACGUUAGAUAAUUGUUGAUGUUCACGACGGUCUCGAUCUGGCUAUUUAGUAGCCGUAUCCGUGUCCGCCGGUUUCAGGAAGAUUUUCUAAACCUCUUCCGCUUCUAGUUGAUCCAGAAUCCGGAGCAGUACGGAUUCAGUUGAGCCAUCGCUCGAUGGUUUUGCAUGAAAAAUUUUGAGUUUUUCUCUGCCGGAGCAAUGUAAAAGAAUUUGAUAUUAAAUACGAAAACUUCUCUUAGAUGAACGAAAUGAAUUCGUUCGACCAACGAGAUUGUUCGUAAUAUACAUAGACGUUUAUUAAAAUAAACGUCCGCCGGUUUCAGGAAGAUUUUCUAAACCUCUUCCGCUUCUAGUUGAUCCAGAAUCCGGAGCAGUACGGAUUCAGUUGAGCCAUCGCUCGAUGGUUUUGCAUGAAAAAUUUUGAGUUUUUCUCUGCCGGAGCAAUGUAAAAGAAUUUGAUAUUAAAUACGAAAACUUCUCUUAGAUGAACGAAAUGAAUUCGUUCGACCAACGAGAUUGUUCGUAAUAUACAUAGACGUUUAUUAAAAUAAACAAAACAUUUCGUUUCAUUCACGAAAAUUAACAUCGUUUUCAACGACAGCAUUCGUGCAAUGUACACUAAAUAAGUAAAACUUCACGAAAACUUUCGUUCAUCAAGCGACCAUAUCACAAUAAAAUCGAUUUUGCCAGAUCUGUUUCUUUUAACUAAAAAAAUCGGUGUUGUCAAACAUCAUCCCAAAAUAUCGAAUGAAAAAAUAAGAAGAUAAUAAAUACGAAAACUUUUCUAAGAUGAACGAAAUGAAUUCGUGCGACCAACGAAGUCGUUCGUAAUAUACACAAACAUUUAUUGAAAUAAACGAAUGAUUUCAUUUUAUUCACGAAAAAUCAUGGCCACAUCGAUUUUUUUAAUUAAAAAAAAAUCGAUGUUGUCAAACAUCGAUCCCAAAUGAUUGACUGAAAACAAUAAGAGGCUAAUAAUACGAAAACUUUUCUAAGAUGUACAAAAUGAAUUCGUGCCACCAAUGAAAUCGUUUGUAAUUUUCACAACUGUUUAUUAAAAUAAACGAAACAUUUCGUUUCAUUCCCGAAAAAUAAUGCCGUUUUCAACAAUAACAUUCAUGUAAUGUACACUAAAUAUGUAAAAUUUACGAAAACUUUCGUUCAUCAAGCGGCCAUUACUUCAAACCACAAUCUUUUUAGUCCUCAAUAGAAGGGAUCAGGUUGAAUUAAUAUCGAUUUUGCCAGAUCGAUCCUUUUAGUUAAUUGAAAAAAUCGUGGUUGUCAAACAUCGAUCCUAAACCAUCGAUUGAAAAAAUAAUAUGCUAAUGAAUACGAAAACUUUUCUAAGAUGAACGAAACGAAAUCGUGCGACCAACGAAAUCGUUCAUCAUAUACAUAAACAUUUAUUAAAAUACACGAAACAUUUUGUUUCGUUCACGAAAAAUAAUGUCGUUAUCAACGAUUACAUUCGUGCAAUGUAAAAUUAAUAAGUAAAAUUUACGAAAACUUUCGUUCAUCAAGCGGCCAUUUCUUCGUACCACAAUAAACUCGAUUUGGCCACAUCGAUUUUUUUAAAUAAAAAAAAUCUAUGUUGUCAAACAUCGAUCCCAAAAGAUCGACUGAAAACAAUAAGAGGAUAAUAAAUACGAACACUUUUCUAAGAUAAACGAAAUUAAUUCGUGCGACCAACGAAAUCGUUCGUAAUAUACACACACGUUUAUUAAAAUAAACAAAACAUUUCGUUUCAUUCGCGAAAAAUAAUGUCGUUAUCAACGAUAACAUUCGUGCAGUAUACAUUAAACGUGUAAAAUUUACGAAAGAUUUCGUUCACCAAGCGGCCAUUCUUGUUCAUGAAAUGAACGAAACCUACUAUUUAGAAUGCACGAAAAUACUUCGUUGCAGAAAACGACGAAUGAAUUCGUGUAUUGUAUGAUCGAUUUCAUUAUAUUUACGAAUUUAUAUUAUCAGUGCAUCGCUUGCAAGACUGAACCUGGUGUAGAACCAAGAGCCUUGUAAGACCUAUAGCAAGAAACUCAGGCCCUGCUCCCACACCACACUUUCCUUUUGAGGCAUCAGUAUAAUCAGUAUAUCAGAAGACAUAAGAGCAAAGGCGUUCAUUGAAGAUUUCUGCAAAAUAUCUCUUUAGACGUACUUUAAGGAGACGUUUCAGUCUGCAUACAGGACUUGUCGAGAGACCAUGCUGUUUCUCCUCUCAGUAUGAACAUUUUUCAGCAUUCUUAGUGCAGGAACUAUCCCAACGAUUCUUGCCGGGCUUUUCACAACGGUAUUUAUUGUUAGUAUGGGUGCCUAUUUAGCAAAAUUGUUUGAAAUUAUGGCAGUUUACGACCCGCGGUACAAAAAGACGAACACGCAAAAAAACCUUUUACAAAAGGAUGUAGGAUGGUAGCGCGGACAUAGUGACGGUCACCCGAAAAGUAUUUGAUUAGGGUUGUGAUUUUAUUGCAUCCCCUGCGGUUAGCAUUGAAUUCAAACUUUUGGAAUACGGAAUUUUCACUGGUUUAAGUAAGGGUGCUCUAAAUCAACCAACACCGUACUCUAGCAGAUCUCGGUGCACGUGAAACUAUCACUCGCCAUUGAUCUCGACUUCCUUAGCGGGAACAUUAGGGCAUUGCAAAAAAACUCAUUUUUGAAUUCUCUCUCUGUUUCUUCCACCGCUUCAUAUUGUGAUAUUUGUCAAAGUAAGCUUAGAUGCUCAAUUUGACAUCAUUUAGACAAUUUUAUAAUCCCGCCCACUUUGCUUGAAGUUUUUGACAUUGAGAAAAAUAUAUUCAAAACGCUAUAACUUUUGAAGCAGCGCUCGAAAAAUUAUAGUUUACAUCUUUUUCCGGGAAAUAACCUUAGUAUUUGAAUAGAUUUUAGGCUGUCCCAAAAAAUUUCGAUGUUCGAAAAGUCAUGGUACUCAACCCUAAAAUGAGAGAUAAGCAUAUUUGAAGCACAUUUAUAGAACAAAUCAAGUUUCUAAAAAAUCAUCUAGAGGUUCCAGAAAUGUGAUAUAUGAAAAAUGGUCAAUUGCACGUGAAGCACUUCAAACCAGUCGUGAUUUAGUGCAUUAUUGACACCCAAGAAACAUUUCCUAUGCAACUACAAUUAAUAUAUAGCAUGAGCCAAAAAGACACGCAUGAAGAAAUCCUUAUCAGACACCGCCAAGUCGAACUGCGACUUUUUAACAAAAAACGAUAGACCGUAUUUCCCUUGAUAAAGGUCAAAUCGUCGAGCAGUGACCAACAUUCGUUUUCAUAAUAAUAAACUCAGACAGCCGUUAAAAUUCUCCAUAAUUUCUUCUAGUAGGAUUGACCGCCUAUAUUAUUUUAUCAGAAGAUGUGCUGUUUUACGUUGCAAAAUUCUUCAAAUACUAUAAACUUCCAAAGUUGACAGUUUCGGAAUAAUGUGAUGGUGAGUUUUCGUUGUUUAUUACUCCUUUCAAUUCAGCACUCAAACGUAUAUCUGCUUUUCCUUCUCCUUUUCGAAAUGUUAUGCUCAUUAUCAAUCAAAUUGAGUUGUUGUCUCAACUUUCCGUAUUCUCAAAAGGGAAAAAUAUAUUAUUAGCAAAUAUUGCACGGAAUUUUUUUCCCAAUAUCGUGAAUAAAGUACCAUGAAAUCUGGAACUAUCUCGUUUUUACGUAACGUGAACAGGACCAUGAGCAAAAAUCAUGUGAUUAUAUUAAAUUUCCCUUCAGUAACGCCCGCAUAACGCUUUUAUUAUUGAAAAUGUUUGUUUCUGUUUUAUGAACUUCAGUCACGGUUUCCGCCAUGUUAUUACCAACUCGAUUUUCUGUACCUGAACUAGUUCACAACUUUAUGAAGAUUAUUCAUAAAACCAAAUGUUGACUCAUGAUUUUAUUCAUAGAUUUAGGAACACAAAAUCAAACCAAUCAAAUGAAUCAGGAAAUUAUCUCGUAAGCUAUUUCACGUAACACGCAACUUUCAUUAAUCGAUUCAAUCCUCAUGAACUACUUCAUGAUUCCUAAUAUAUUAGGCACGAUCUAAUAUCAAUUCUCGUGAAAUAAUUCACAAAAUCAUCUUAUAUUAUUCAUAUAUCUGUGAACUUCUUCACGAUUCCUAGUAUAAUAGUAAUCACUUGCCAUUCGUGCUCGUAAAAUAGUUCACGAAGCCAUAAAAUGAUAUUCAUGUAUUAUUGAACUUGCUCAUGAUUCUUCUUACAAUAGUCACGACUUACCAUUUGUGUUCGAGAAAUAGUUAACAAAAUCAUUGACUAUUAUUCAUGUAUUCGUGAAUUGGUUCAUGAUUCCUAGUACAGUAGUCACGAUUUUCUAUUCAUGCUCGUGAAAAAGCUCACAAAAUCAUGAAUUGUGAUUCAUGGAUUCGUGAACUGGCUCAUGAUUCCUAGUGCAUCAUUUACGAUCUAUCUUGCGUACUUGUGAUAUUUAGAAGAUAUCCCUAAUCAUUUUCAAUUUAAUGUAACAUGGUCUUGAAAUUUUCACGUGAAUUAUUUCACUACAAUUACAUUAUAGAGUGUUCGACAUAUAGUUGAUGGAACAACACACUUAGAAAAAAUGAAAAUUACAUUUGACGUAAACAACAUUCUGUCGUAUUUUGCUGUCCAAUAUGGAAUUUUACAUGUUUUGACAGGUGAAAUAAAAUAUUGUGUCUCUUUUGAUGUAGAACUC